AUGACCAGCGAGAUCGCCCCACACACCACCCUGGUCGCCAACAGCUCCUCUGCAAGCCAUGGCUACAACCAGAACACCGAACAAGGUCAUCAUCGCUGGCUGCGGCGUCGCUGGCCCAUCCUCGGUAUGUUCCUCAAGAUGAAGGGUUACGAGCCCGUCAUCUACGAGCGCAACGAUGCCCCGUCCGGACUUGGCCUCAGCCUCGCGCUGCAGCCGAACGGGCUGCGCGUGCUCCAGCUCAUCCCGGGCCUCCUCGACGAGUUCCCGCGCGGGCGCGUCGCGCAGCUGAUCAGCAACUCCAUCCUCCCCGGGGACGAGCGAGAGCUCGCGCGCGCCGACGUCAGCAAGCUCCAGGCCACGGGCAGCGGCUUUACCGCCGAGGGCGUCCGCCGGUCCGUCCUGACCUCCGCCCUCGCAAAGGGCGCCGAGGCGCGCGGCGUGCCGGUCCGUUACGGGCACCACCUCGUGCGGUUCGAAGAGAAGGAGGGCUCCGUGGUCGUUCACUUUGCGAACGGCGCGACGGACGAGGGCAGCUUCUUGGUCGGGUGCGACGGGCUGCACAGCAACACGCGCGUCGGGCUGUUCGGGAAGGAGGAGGCGACGUUCACCGGCCUCGUUCAGACUGGGGGGAUUUCGCCGAUCCCGCAGUACUUCAAGGACCGAGACCUGCGUCCGAUGGUCAACACCUACGGGGACAACAUGCACUUUAUCGCGUACACGGUAAACGAGACCCAGAUGUCGUGGGCCAUCACAGAAAGGGAGGAGGAAGCCAAAGAGACCUGGCGGCACAUGGGCGAUGAACAGAAGCAGGCUGUCAAGCAAGGCCGCUUCAGCCAGCUCCCCUCCGGCGUGGGCGAAGCCGUCCGGACCGCAGACACCCUCGUCAAGUACGGUAUCUACGACCGGCCCGCACUCACUUCUUGGCACAAGGGCCGCGUUGUCCUCAUCGGCGACGCCGCGCACCCCACCAGCCCCCACCUCGGCCAAGGCGCGAACCAGGCGUGCGAGGACGUCUACCACCUCGUCCGGCUCCUCCAGAAGCACCACCCCGACCCCACCGCGCCGCCGUCGACGGCGACGCUCGACGACGUGUUCUCCGCGCUCGAGGCGCUGCGGAUCCCGCGCACCUCGGCGCUCGUCGCGCGUGCGCGCGCGCAGGGCGAGUCGCGCGUCGUUUCUGGCGUGGAGGCGUGCCGGGCACGCGACGCGCGCGUCGUCGAGCAGUUCAAGGGCCUGCAGGGGAUCGACGCCGACUCGGACGAGGCGCGCGCGGCGGUGCGGGCGAUCUACAGCGACAUCCUCGACCAUCCGUUCAAGGACGGAGAGAGCGAGAUCUGA